AUGCCGCACAGUCCGCCUUCGCGCCCCGGAAGCGCCCCGUGUGCCGGUGGGGGGCUCCCCGAGGGGCUCUGCAGGGGCCUUGGGGCCGGGACCCCGGGGGUACAGCCCGACCAAGGGGCGGGGCAGAGGACGGGGUCCCGGGGACGGGACCCGGGACGGCCACGGACCCGCGGGAAGGGCCCCUCCGACACGGCCCUAGUCCCUCCUCCCGACCACCCGAGCACCUCCCGCCACCCGCGGCCGCGGCCCCGGCCCCGGCCCCGCGGGCUCCAAGCCCCGCCAAUCCGGGCCCGAGGCAGCGUCUGGCCCGCCAAUCCCGGCCCGCCUUCCUCGGCGCCGUCCAAUCACAGCCCGCCUUUUCAAUCCGGCAGCGGUCCCGCAAGCUCUGCCCGCUCAGCCGCGGCGCGGCCCCUCCGCGCGGCCCCGUCCCCCCGUUCCCCUCAGGUGCCGCUGGGACCGCGGAAGGGCGGUGGGAGCUCCGCAAUCACGUCCCGUCCGGGAGCUCUCCCAGGAGAAGGGGAGGGAGGCGGGGAGCGGGCGGGAGGGGCUCCGGGAGCGGGGCUAGCGGGGGUCUCGGGAAGCGGCGGGCGGGGAUUGGCGGGGCUGGAACGGGGGGGCGGGGCUGUGCGGGCCGCGGGCUAUAAAUGGCGGGGAGGGGGCGCGGGGGGGGCAGUUCGGCGGCGGAGGUGGAAGCGGCGCUGGAGCGGCGGGAGCCGGGGCGAGAUCGGCGGUGAGCUGGGGCGGGGCUCCCGCGGCUGCCGCUCCAGGCACGUAGCCUGGCUCGGGCACAGGGGCCGCUCUCUCCGGGAGGUUCUGGCUCCCGCCGUGCAGCCCGCCCUUUCAAUGGGGCCGCGGUCCCGUAAGCUGUGCCCGCUCAGCCGCGCCGCGGCGCGCCCCCCUUCCCCACGUUCCCCUCAGGCGCGGGUGCCACAGCUCCGCGCUCACGUCCCGUCUGGGAGUUCUUCCGGGAGGCGGGGAGGGGGCGGGAGCGGCGGCGGCCCUUUCAAUGGGGCCGCGGUCGAGCAAGCUCUGCCCGCUCAGCUGCGGCGCGGAGCCGCCCCCCUCUCCACCUCGCCCCCCCGCGUUCCCCUCAGGCGCCGGUCUCGCCGCCUUUGCUUCGGGAUCCGCCGGAGCCGCGCCUGCGCUGCCGCGGUGCCCGCAGGCGCUGUUGAAAGGGCGGGUGGCAGGCCCGCGGUCCCGUCCCGUCCCGGAGUUCUCCCGGCAGAAGGGGAGGGAGGCGGGGAGCGGGCGGAAGCGGAGCAGGCCCUGGGAGCGGGGCGUGAGGGGACAGCGGGAUUCUUGGGGACGGGCAGGGCGGGAACGGGCAGGCGGGGAUUGGCGGGGCCGGACGCUGCCGGACGCUGGGAUUGGCUGGGCUGGCACGAGGGGGCGGGGCUGUGCGGGCCGCGGGCUAUAAAUGGCGGGGAGGGGGCGCGGGGGGGGGCAGUUCGGCGGCGGAGGUGGAAACGGCGCUGGAGCGGCGGGAGCCGGGGCGAGAUCGGCGGUGAGCUGGGGCGGGGCUCCCGCGGCUGCCGCUCCAGGCACGUAGCCUGGCUCGGGCACAGGAGCCGCUCUCUCCGGGAGGUUCUGGUUCCCGCCGUGCAGGUCCGAUCCCGGCCCGCCACUCCCAGCCCGCUUUUCUCCGCUCCGUCCGAUCGUAGCCCGCCCUUUCAAUGGGGCCGCGGUCCCGUAAGCUGUGCCCGCUCAGCCGCGCCGCGGCGCGCCCCCCUUCCCCACGUUCCCCUCAGGCGCGGGUGCCACAGCUCCGCGCUCACGUCCCGUCUGGGAGUUCUUCCGGGAGGCGGGGAGGGGGCGGGAGCGGCGGCGGCCCUUUCAAUGGGGCCGCGGUCGAGCAAGCUCUGCCCGCUCAGCUGCGGCGCGGAGCCGCCCCCCUCUCCACCUCGCCCCCCCGCGUUCCCCUCAGGCGCCGGUCUCGCCGCCUUUGCUUCGGGAUCCGCCGGAGCCGCGCCUGCGCUGCCGCGGUGCCCGCAGGCGCUGUUGAAAGGGCGGGUGGCAGGCCCGCGGUCCCGUCCCGUCCCGGAGUUCUCCCGGCAGAAGGGGAGGGAGGCGGGGAGCGGGCGGAAGCGGAGCAGGCCCUGGGAGCGGGGCGUGAGGGGACAGCGGGAUUCUUGGGGACGGGCAGGGCGGGAACGGGCAGGCGGGGAUUGGCGGGGCCGGACGCUGCCGGACGCUGGGAUUGGCUGGGCUGGCACGAGGGGGGCGGGGCUGUGCGGGCCGCGGGCUAUAAAUGGCGGGGGGGGGGGGCGCCCUGGGGGCAGUUCGGCGGCGGGGCUGGGGGCGGCGCUGGAGCGGCGGGAGCCGGCCCGGGAUCGGCGCGGCCGCCGGGCCGAGGAGCGGCGGUGA